AUGAAGAUUUUAUCGUGGAAUGUUAGAGGGCUGGGGAGGCCAGAAAAAAGGGGAAAAAUAAAAAGCUUGGUGAGGGAGAGAAGUGUUGAUGUGCUCUUUCUACAGGAGACUAAAAGAAGUUCUAUGGAUGAUAAUUUUGUAAAAACAAUCUGGCCUUAUGAAGAAGUGGAAUUUAUGGUAGUUGACUCUGAGGGUAGUGCAGGAGGCCUCAUAAGUAUUUGGAAGCCACAAGUCUUCAAGCUCAAGGAUUGUUGCAGUAGCAAAAAUUUCAUUAUUCUAUCAGGUAUGUCUACUAAUACUUUUCAGUGCACUCUGGUGAAUAUCUAUGCUCCUAAUGAGGUUAUAAGGAGGAGACAACUGUGGGAUUCUCUGGUGAGGAUCCAGCAACAUUUUCCAAACCCGUGGUGUGUGGGAGGGGAUUUUAAUGAAAUUAGAUACAUGGGUGAGAGGAAAGGUUGUUCAUCUAGAGAAAGAGGGAUGAAGGAUUUUAAUGAGUUGGUGGAAAAAUUGAAAUUAGCAGAUAUGCCUUUGCUUGGAAGGCAGUAUACUUGGUGCAAUGCUCUGGAUGGGAAUAGGUGGAGUAGGAUUGAUAGAUUCCUGUUAGACUUGAAGUGGAUGGAAAAGUUUUCUUUUAAGCAAUGGGGUCUACCAAGGUCAAUUUCUGACCACUGUCCAAUCUUGAUUAAGGAGGAUGAUAGGGAUUAG